AUGUCUACCCUUAAGCGCAAGAGUACAACAGACCGCGACAUUUCCCCUCCGCCCACCAAAAGGAAAGCUGCAGCAACAACGACCACCAAGGCUGUGGCCAACUUCUUCAAGCCAGCAUCACAGAAAGAACCAGAAAAGGUCACCUUCUCCACAAUCGGUGAUAGCUUGUUCAUCGGGCGAUAUGAAGGUGCAACCACUUUCUCCCGACCGAAGCCUGUGAAAGUCGCGGCCUUUGACCUUGACGACACACUGAUUACAACUAAAUCUGGAAACACGUUUUCGAAAGGGCCCGACGACUGGAAAUGGUGGCAUUCGAGCGUGCCGCUCAAGUUGAAGCAGCUACAUGGAGACGGCUAUGCUGUGAUUGUGGUGAGCAACCAGAGUCGGGUCGUGCUCAAGCCUGAACCGAAGAAAGCAGGUGACAUGAAGAGCCUCAGCAAUUUCAAGUCAAAGGUGUCAGCUGUCUUGACUGCAUUGGACCUGCCGAUCACGGCGUACGCAGCAACGCAGAAAGACAUGUUCCGGAAGCCGAGGAGUGGCAUGUGGCAGCAAAUGCUCAAGGACUACGGACUCAACGGCAGUACAGAUGUCGAUCACGACAGCUGUAUAUUUGUUGGGGACGCUGCAGGUCGCGAAGGCGACAAGUCUGCAAAGGUGCGCAAGGAUCAUUCAUGCUCAGAUCGCGACUUUGCUGCAAAUGCGGGAAUCCCUUUCAAGACGCCAGAGGAAUAUUUCUUGGAAGAGGAACCCAAAUCCUUUAUCCGAAGCUUCGAUCCUGCGCCAUACGUGGAAAAGAAAUUGGAUUCUCAGACUGAUCUUGACCCUGUCGUGUUUACCAAGAAGAACGACCUGGACAUUGUGCUAUUCUGUGGCAGUCCUGGUGCUGGGAAGUCUACAUUUUACUGGCAGCGUCUGCAGCCACUCGGGUAUGAGCGCGUGAACCAGGACAUCCUCAAAACGAGAGACAAGUGCAUGAAGAAGGCUGCCGAGUUCAUUGAGGAGAAGACAUCUGUGGUGGUAGAUAACACUAACGCAGAUGUUGAGGUCCGCGCAGCCUGGAUUGGACUUGCCAGAAAGCUACAAGUGCCCAUUCGUCUCGUCCACUUCACAGCACCAGCGAAGCUCUGCGAGCACAACGAUACCGUGCGUGCGUUGUCCAACGGCCUGAUGAACCCCGAGAAAAGGACAAUAUUACCGCCAAUGGCAUUCUCGGGGUUCACGUCCCGAUAUCGUGAACCACGAGCCGAAGAAGGAUUCCAGGACAUCGUCAAGGUAGACUUCAAGUUCGAUGGCACUGACGAGCAGAGGUCGGUCUGGACCAAGUUUUGGAUCUCAUGA